AUGCGGCUCCGCUCGGCCCGGAGCGGCCGCUGGGGGCCGGCGGGGACCCCGCGCGCAGCGACAGCGGCAGCGGCCAGCGUCUCUCGCGUCGGGCAUGACAAGGAGACCUUCGAGCGGCUCUACCGAAUGGGACCGCUGCUGGGGAGAGGCGGCUUCGGCUCCGUGUACUCGGGGGUCCGCCUGUGUGACAACACCCCGGUGGCCAUCAAACAAGUGGCUCGGGAGCGCAUCUCCUCGUGGGGCCAGCGGCGCAGUGGCACCCGCAUUCCCAUGGAGAUAGCCAUGAUGAGGAAAGUGCGCUCCGACUGCAGCACCAUCAUCCAGCUCCUCAAUUGGUUUGAGCUGCCCGACUCCUUCCUGCUGGUUUUGGAGCGUCCGGAGCCAUCGCAGGACCUCUUUGAGUUAAUCAGAAACCGGGGGUUCGUGCCCGAGUCUCCGGCGCAGGGCAUUUUCCUCCAGGUGCUGAGGGCCGUGCGGCACUGCCACAGCCGCGGUGUCCUGCACAGGGAUAUCAAGUCCAACAACAUCAUCAUCCACUUGGUCACCGGAAAGAUCAAGCUAAUUGACUUUGGUUGCAGCACCCUCCUCAGGAACAUGGUCUACACCAAAUUUAGCGGAACACCUUUGUACUACCCGCCGGAGUGGUUCCUCUACCACUGCUACCACGGCCGUCCGGCGGCGAUCUGGUCCCUGGGCGUGCUGCUGUAUGAGAUGGUGUGCGGGGUCCUCCCCUUCCGGUGCUGCGAGGACAUCACCAGCGGGCAGCUCUUCUUCAAGCGCCAGAUCUCUGUUGAAUGCCAGCAGCUCAUCAGGUGGUGCUUGAACAUGAAAGAUUGGGCCAGACCAUCCCUGGAGGAUGUGUUCAACCACCCUUGGCUGCAACAUGAACUGCCCCAGGAGACAGCCACACUCCACCCUCACAGCCUGAGCCAGCAGCCAGGCAAGUAA